AUGACGAUUACUACCGGUUGCAGUUCUUGUAGCGGUGGCAGUACGAGUACUCUGGUCUACGUCACCUCUACUGGCUCUGGACCAUAUUCUAGCGCGCCCGGCACACCUAUCAGCAGUGUCCCGUCUGCACCAGCAAGCGUUCCUUCUGCACCAGCACCCGUACCUUCUGCGAAACUCAGUACCUCCACCAUUGGAACCACCAUUGAAGUUUCCAAGGCUCAUCAAACAAGCACUCAAACAGUGACUUCCACCACAAAAGUGGUCAAGGAGAGCUCUUCUAUCGUCACUGUGCCUCACAGCUCUGCUCAGACAAGUGUCGUUGGUGUUGAGUCCGCAGGAACAGCUUCUCGCAACGUGAACGUUCCUUCCGUCAGCACAGCAAUUGUGGUGUCUCCCACUGCUCCUUCAAACGUGGGCCCCUCGCUAUCUGCACCAGUGGACAUACAGACGACUAUCACAAUUCCUCUUCCCACGACCAUUACUGUGUGUCCGACGUGUGAUGCAACUGCAGCGCAGCCACCGGCGUCUUCUGGGCCAUCUCCUGCGGCUCCGAUGAGCCCAGCCUCCCCAAUGUCUUCGCCCCAGGCUCCUGCCUCUUCUGCACCUCCAGCUUCGAACAGCAUGUCACCAUCAGCACCUUCUAAUGCCCCAUCAUUGCCCAGCACUGUGGUCGCGUUGACCCCAAUGUCCUCGCCAGUCUCUCCCAAUUCUAUGGGCGCGAGCUCUCCUCCAGCGCAGAUGCCUCCUUCGCCUGUAGCCUCCUCUGGUCCAUCCUCUCCAGCUACAGAUGCGCCUCCCCAGAACAGCUCGCCCCCUGAAGCAAGCAUGCCUCCGCAGCCAAGCGUACCCGCUCAACCUGAUUCUCCCCCGGCGAGCGAAAUGCCGCCACAGGGUAGUGCUCCUCCUCAGAGUGGUCCAUCUAUGCAGCCAAGCGCGCCUCCGCCUUCGGCCGCUUCUCCCCAGGCCAGCUCUUCCCCGGUGUCCAACUCUACCCUUUCCAUUCACUCGCCCCAGUCUAGCUCCCCUGCGCAGCGCACUAGUGCUGGCUCUAGUGGUACUGCCACAAGUAAGCAUAGAUGUCCUCGUACCUCGAAAUCCGUACUGACAAGCAUUACAGAGCCGAGCAUGCCACCCACUGACACCAACAUGUCUUCGGAGUCUGCUCAGAAUGCCAGAGCUUCUGUCUUCACCGUAGCAGUACCCAUUGUUAUGGCUGCUGUUUUGAUGUUGCUCUGA